CGGCCGCGCUCCCUGAUCGCGAAGCCGAAACCGAGGAGGAGCGGAGCGGGAGAAGCGGUGGCCGGUGAGAUCGUCUUCAGGGCGGCGGAGAUGACGGUCGGCCAUCUCGCCAACGACGCCAUCCUCGGAGACCACGACGGCACAUGGGAGACAAUAUUGAAAUAUUCUUCUGAAGCCGCAGUUGACACCUAUGAAGAAAUAGCUAUUAUCAUACCAAGAGGACGACGUACUGUUGAGCUUCAUCUUUCAUUUCUGCGACUCCAUGGACAAGCUGAUGAUAUUAAAAUCCAAUAUGGCAGCAUCGUUCGCCUUUUUGUUUUACCAAAGCCAAAUAGUCCUCAUACCUUUGUGGUUAUCACUCUUGAUCCGCCAAUCCGUAAAGGCAGAACAUUGUACCCUCACAUUGUCAUUCAGUUUAUGACAGAGAUAAUAGUCGAAACAGAUUUGAAUUUAAGCAGAGAUCUUCUAGCCGAAAAAUACAAAGAUAAGUUGGAGGAAUCUUAUAUGGGUCCAAUACAUGAGGUAUUCACCAAAGUCCUUUGUGGCCUAUCUGGUGCCAAAGUCACAAGGCCGGGUUCUUACAGAACUUGCCAAGGUGAAUAUGCAGUUAAAACAUCUCUGAAAUCUGAACAUGGACUGCUGUAUCCACUUGAAAAGGGUUUCUUCUUUCUGCUGGAGCCCCCUAUGCUCAUUCAUUAUGAAGAGGUUGAGUUUGUUGGGUUUGGAAGUUACCGCCGUGAGGGCGCCGGUAAGUCAGAUCGCUAUUUGGACCUCCUUGUCAAGCGAAAAAAUGGCCAAGAGCAUAUCUUCAGAAAUAUUCAAAGGAAUGAAUACUUUAACCUUUUCGACUUCGUCAAUGGAAAGCAGUUGAAAACAAUGAACCUUGGGGACGAGCAAAGUGAUGAGGAUGAAGAUUUUGGUUUCUUUAUGGGUGGCGGAGGAUCUUCUACUGAUGAUUAUUCUAGUGGGGACGAAUCAGAAUCUAGUGAAAGUGGGGGUGAAAAGGAGGAAGCCAGUAGGGGCGACGAAGGUUCAAAGAAAAGGAAGUGGAAGAAGAAACACGCGACGUACCGUUGGCGCAGGAUGAGCUGGCGAGGGUUCCGUGUCCGAUGACGAGUCACGCUAGGCUCUGGUGCUCUGGGCACGAUGGAGAGAAAGAAACCAAGAGCAGUUGAGAAGAGGAGGGAAAUUCAGUAUCACAUGCUCGAAACACCACAGCGCGCAGAGCAAUUACUACGGAACAUAAGACUGUUGCUCUGUAUAUAAGCAUGGUACGUGUAUCUGAGUGAGAUUGGGUUAUGACUUAUGACAUACUAGCAGAGUGCCCGUGCGUUGCUACGGGCUACAAUGCAUGUAAAUGAAUUGAACAAAUGAUUAGGGUCGUCUUCAA